UCAACCCAACAUCAUCAUCUCUCUCUCUCUGUGCCUGAGGUCACGACGACAGUUGUUAACGACUAAAUCUGCUGCUAAUCAAGUGUGCCAUGGCUUCAAGAAGGUCUCUACACUUCGUCUACAAGAUAGGCGACAGGACUGCCACAGCCAAGUUUUACAGAGACAUUCUUGGGAUGAAGGUCUUGCGCCAUGAAGAAUUUGAUGAAGGUUGUAAAGCUUCAUGCAAUGGACCCUAUGAUGGUAAAUGGAGUAAGACGAUGAUUGGUUAUGGCGCAGAAGACAACCACUUUGUAUGUGAACUUACCUACAAUUAUGGCAUCUCUCAUUAUGAAAUGGGUAAUGACUUUUUGGGAAUGCACAUUGAAUCUUCUGAGGCUGUGGAAAGAGCCAAGGCAAAUGGCUGGCCAGUGAAAGAGGAAGGUGGACACAGUUUGUUAGAGGCUCCAGGUGGAUACAAAUUUAUCAUCAUUCACAAACCUCAACCACAAGAUAGAGAUCCAGUACAGCAAGUAGUACUAGCAAGCAGUAAUCUAGAAAAAUCCAUUCAUUAUUGGAAAGACUUAGCAGGGCUGACCAUGUACAAGAAAAGUGACACUGAAGCUACAUUUGGAUUUGGUGAUAAGCAAGCAAAGCUAGUUCUACGUGAUAUUGGUGGCCCAGUAGAUCAUGCAAAGGCUUUUGGCCGCAUUGCGUUUGCAGCUCCAGGUGCUGAUUUACCAAGUAUUGAGAAGAAAAUGAAAGAAGCCAAUGAAACAAUUCUCACACCAUACAUUUCUUUAGACACUCCUGGUAAAGCUACUGUGCAAGUUGUCAUCUUGGCUGAUCCUGAUGGUCAUGAAAUAUGCUUCGUGGGAGACGAAGGAUUCCGUGAACUUUCUCAAGUAGACCCCAAAGGCGAUGAACUCCUGAAUGAGGCUAUGAAGAAAGACAAGUCAGAUGAGUGGUUUGCUAAAAAAGGUGGAAAGGCCUCAGCUUAAAUUUCAUCCAGCUUAUUUCAACAGUGAAACGGUGAACCUUUGUCAAGUUAAACUAUUUGCAUCAGUUAAGUUUAAAGCUAUUACCAUUUUUGUACCUUUUUUGAAAAAUACAAUAGUUCUUUUCCA